AUGCCUAAUAAAACUGAGAGAUCUCAUAAUUAUAAUAAUCAAGUAUAAUUCGAUGUGAACAUCUAGCCAGAUAAUGAUCAGAUGAAUGAAUACGACGAGGAAGAAGUGUACAUAAUGACCGUUGAGGAUGACAUUCUUGAAAAUAAAUUCUCAGAGGAUGCCCGAAGUCCUAAGUUAGAAAGGCUUUUGAAUUAGAAAAUCAAUAAUAAUCGGUUAUCUAAAAAUAGCAAGCAAUUAGAUAUAGAUCAGAAUGAUAUUGAAGAUGAGUCAAAAAGCCUUAAAUCAGUUGACACACUUAAUCAUGAACUCAACAUAACAAAUGAUAAUAGAUUAGCUUUUAAGAUUAAAGGUUUGAUUUCUAUCGAGAAUCAAGAGACUUUUUUCAAUAAUAAUUAGGAAGAUUUGUUUGAGAAAGAAAUAGAGGGAAUAAAUCUAAGACAUCUAAAUAACAAUAGUUAAAUGAGUAUUUAAGAUUAGAAUUCCUAGCUAGACACUACUCCAACAAAUAUACCAACUAUUAAAAAGUUAAAAAUACCCUCACAAUAUGAUAAAACCUCAACAAACUCUAGAUAUAGAUCAAUGAUUAACAAAUAUCAAUAACUUCGCGUGAAUUAAAACAAGACUAAGCCAAAUACUCAUAAAUCAUCAAUUAUCAGUGUGAGUCAAUAAAAACGACAAAAAAAUACCACUACAACUACUACAAUAGUGCAGCAUUUAAAUAACCACCACGGCGCAGCAGAUCUAAAAAGCAGCUUAAAGUCUAAUCUUCCAACUGAUGUAACCGAGAGAUACAAUCAUCAGAUGUGGUAAAAUAAAUCACCUAAUAUUGUAAACAGACUCUCACCUAUAAUGAAUAGAUCAAUCACUCCAGAAAAUAUUGAAAAAGAGGUUAGACGACUUAGAUAGCAGGUGUACUAUAAGGAAUAUGUGAGGCCAUUGCAAAUCAGACAAUAAUAGUUACACUAAAAGAAAAUAAAGCAAUAUCAAAUCUUAUAAAGUAAAACAUCUUAGGAUAGAGUUCGAAAGUCUUCAUAAGAAAGUAUUGAUAAGCAGACUGUAGACUUAAGCAAAAUACUAGACAUUUCUUAACAUAAAGAACUAGGUGAAAAAGUAAAGAAAAUGAGCAUUUCUGACUAUUAUUAGAACAAAAGACUUAACCUUAGAAGUAAUCACAAAAAGGUAAAUGUAAGUAUGGAUUCAUAGACUCUGAAGCUUAAUACGAGUGAAUUUAUGACUUAGAUCAAAGAUUUAUCUCAUGCUAUGCUUGAAAAUGGGCCUGAAGACAUAAUACCUAUGAUAUUAUAAACAGACCAAAAUAAGUUAAAAUAAGAACUUAUAGAUUAGGAAAAAGCAAUAAAUAUUAUGAAAGGACUCAAAGAAGUAGAAGAAGAUGAAGGUGGUUCAGUAGACAACAAAAAUUCGCAAGAAAACUUUACAAGUUCUAUACUGUUUAAAGACUAAAUGAAAUCUGAUAAAAAGCUAGAAAAUCAUAUCAAGUAAUAACAGUGGAAAUCUUUUAUAGAGUAUAUCAAGGAAAAACCAGAUAAAUUUCUUAGAAUGGUUCCUUCAAAUCACAAAACACUCGAAAUACCUGAAAGGGGAUCAAACGCUACUUUGUUGAAGAGACCAGCAUCAAGAUUUUAAACCUUAGGCAGUUAGUAUCUAGCUGGAAUCGAAAUGAACAGACCCAGUUCCUGUAAUUAAGAUGCUCUAAUGAGUUAAUCAGGCAUAAAUCUACUAAGACCUGAAUCGAGGUAAAUAAACACUGCAGGGUAUGGAAUGAGGCCAAGAAUGAAUUAAAAUAGUGAUUUGGCUAAUGCAAUUGUUAAUUUUAGAUAAAGUCGAGGUGUCAAGAGUCAUUACUAAUCGACUGGUAGAGUGGUUAUGAGUUCUAAUUUUAGUAAGAACAGAUAUAACAAGCUUUCAAAGAGUAGACCAAGUCAUAUGUCAACUUAAUAUACAAACUAUCUUUAAGGCGAUGAUAACAAGAAUAUGGGAAGAGUCAAGACAAAUGACAAUAAUAAUUUAAGUUCUAUUUUUAGCAAUUAAGAUAGUGGGAUGAUAAACAAUCGCCAGCAGCUAAAUUAAUCCUAGAAUCACACUAAUAAUUAAUCAUUUAGAUAAGAUUAAAGUAAUGAAAACAUCCCCAUAAUCGUUUCAAACGAAUUCCAAAAUAGGCCUAAGACUUCCGCUUCUGCAUAGCCCCGAGCCUUGUUGCUGCUUAAAAAGAAAAAUGACAAAGAUGGUAGUUUACUAUCGAGUGUCAAAUUUCCUGAGAAAAAUAGCAAAACACCUUUGAUGAAAAUAUCUGGUCCAACUAAAGUAGCAGAUCUUAGUUAAAUGGAUACCUCAAUUUUAUCAAUAUAAGAAAGAACUAAGUAAAAGAUUAGCAUUUAUGAAAGAGCAAAUAGAAAAAUGGACGAAGAUUAAAAACGAUUAUUACGAAAGAAGUGGAAAGGUUAUUCAUUAGCGAAUGACUUAGCAGGUAAAUUCAAAGUAGAGGAAUAUAAAUAAAAUCCAAAUUUCAAUAAAUUUCAACGCUAAGUCAAUCAAAAUGGUCCACUUAGGUAAGCUAACCUCAUUGAUUGGAAAAAUAGUAAGAUCAGAGCAUUUAUUGAGAAGAAUCAGCUAGAUUUUAACUUUGAAGAGGAUGAGAAAUUCUUCAAGACAGCAGACAUUGAAUAUAUGAUUAACCUCUUCAGAUACAAUGGCAAAUUUUUCUCAAAUAUAGAUCAGCUAAAACCAGUAUUCAAUAAAGCUUUAGCAACUUUGGAGAAAAUAAUGGAUGAGCUUAUGAUUGGCUACAUCUUUGACAGAAUAUCAUUGAAAAUUACAGAGAUUAGCCCUGAAAACGCGAUGAAAAUUCUUUUAAGAUGCAGAUUAAUGUUAUAGUACAGGUCACAUAUAAUCAAUAUACUCUAGAUAAUAGACUUAAGAGAGGUCAAGCUCAAAGAUCUAAAUUAUAUAGUGAUCAAGGGAGAUGAACGUCAUGGAUAACCUAAUGAUAACAAUAAGAGUCAUAGUAGCAUUCGCACUAUUAAUACAAAGGGCUCAGGAGAUAGAAAGCCGAGUCAAUCAAGAGUUGGACAUGGUUCUGCAAAUUAAAAGAAGCAGUAAGAAAAUAAGUAAGCCAGUGCUAUUGAUUAAAUGCUAUCAUUUGAGAAGAAACUGGAAUAAAAGUAGGAGAGAGAAGAGCUGAUUAAAGAAAAGCUAAAAGACCUUAAUGAUUUAACAACUAAUUUUAUCAAUAAAGUUAGGGAUCUAAUCAGUGUUAAGAGAAUAUUUGGCAACAAAUUUAUAUAUGAUGGCAUGGACUACAUUAGUGUGGUCACUAAUGAGAUGAGACAACUGACUCAAAUCCUUCAUAUGUUUGGGAUUGAAUUCCAAGUAUCUCAGCGUAACACUACUAGCUACAGAUUGAAUUAAUCUUAGGACAAUGAAGUUAAUGAAGUAGAUAUCAGAGCUAUAAGAGCAGGUAGCUAUCAAUUAAAUAUGAGUUAAAAUCUUAAGGACUAGUAAGUAAAGUUUGAAGAACUGCAAGCCUCGGUAAUAAGUAGAGUUGGAUAUGGGUCAAUGUUUGAAGAUCUUGGUUCUAAAGAUACCACUGUCAAAAUAGAUAAUACCUCAAUGAUACAUAACGACAGUAUAUUGGGAGAGUACAAUUUGAUUCAGGCUCAAUAGUAAAGAAGUCAGAUAAGCUACUUCCAUGAGGACAUACCUAGUGGCUAUAGAUCAAAUAAAUUUAACACUGAAAAGUCUACUGUAUAAUGA